AUGGCGUCUCUACCCCUGAAGAAGAACUACCGUUGCGUGCCCUCUCUGCAACAGUUCUAUUCCGGCGGGCCCUUCGUGGUCUCAUCCGACGGCUCCUUCAUCGCCUGCAAGUGCGGCGACUCCAUUAAGAUCGUGGACACCUCCAACGCCUCAAUUCGGUCGACCAUUGAAGGCGACUCUGAGGACGUCACAGCUUUGGCCCUUAGCCCCGACGACAAGUUGCUCUUCUCCUCUGGCCACAGUCGCCAAAUUAGGAUUUGGGACCUCGCCACCUUCAAGUGUGUGCGUUCUUGGAAGGGUCAUGAUGGGCCUGUGAUGGGAAUGGCUUGUCACCCAUCUGGGGGAUUGCUUGCGACUGCAGGAGCUGAUAGGAAGGUUCUUGUUUGGGAUGUUGAUGGUAGCUUCUGCACUCAUUACUUUAAAGGUCACAAAGGAGUUGUUUCUAGUGUUCUCUUCCAUCCCGAUCCUACUAAAUCACUUCUUUUCUCCGCAAGUGAUGAUACAACUGUGCAUGUUUGGGACCUAUUAGCCAAGAAGUGUGUUGCAACGCUUAAUGGGCAUCACUCGACAGUCACUUCUAUGGCACUAUCUGAAGAUGGGACGACGUUGCUCACAGCUGGAAGAGAUAAGGUUGUAAUCUUGUGGAACCUUCAUGACUUUAGCUGCAUGAAGACUGUAACAACAUAUGAGGUCCUUGAAGCUGUGUGUGCAAUCCAUUCUGGACCUCUGUUAUCUUCCUGUUUGAGUUCCUGCAAGCAGAAGAGUGGGAAGAAAACUGGGUUACCUGCAAUAUGUUUUAUAACAGUUGGUGAACGCGGGGUUGUACGGAUUUGGAAUUCUGAAGGUGCAGUUUGCCUAUUUGAGCAAAAGUCCUCAGAUGUUACUCCCUCCUCAGAUGGGGAUGAAUCGAAAAGGGGUUUCACUGCCGCUGUCAUGCUACCAUCAGAUAAAGGGCUGCUUUGUGUGACUGCCGAUCAGGAGUUCCUUUUAUAUUCCCCAGUUAUGGUUCCUGAAGGGACGUUGGAAUUUGUCCUAAGCAAAAGACUUGUAGGAUACAAUGAUGAGAUUGUGGAUAUGAAGUUUUUAGGUGAUGAGGAACAAUUUCUUGCUGUUGCCACAAAUAUUGAACAGGUACGAGUAUAUGAUGUUGCAUCCAUGUCGUGUUCUUAUGUGCUGGCAGGUCAUACCGGAAUUGUUCUAUGUCUUGACACCUGCGUAUCAAGUUGUGGAAGAACACUUAUAGUGACUGGAAGCAAGGACAACACUGUUCGGUUGUGGGAAUCAGAAAGUAGAUGUUGCCUUGGUCUUGGCAUAGGUCACAUGGGAAGUAUUGGAGCUAUUGCUUUCUCAAAAAAGCGUAAAGACUUUUUCAUUAGUGGUAGUAGUGAUCGUACCCUCAAGGUGUGGACUUUGGAUGGUCUUCCAGACAAUGGGGAACAGCCUAUAAAUUUGAAAGCAAAGGCUGGUGUAGCAGCCCACGAUAAGGAUAUCAAUUCAGUAGCUGUUGCACCUAAUGAUAGUUUAGUUUGUAGUGGUUCACAGGAUCGCACUGCUUGUGUCUGGAGGCUUCCAGAUCUUGUACCAGUAGUUGUACUUAAGGGUCAUAAAAGGGGCGUUUGGUCUGUAGAAUUUUCUCCAGUUGAUCAAUGUGUUAUAACAGCUUCUGGUGACAAAACAAUAAAGAUAUGGGCCAUAUCCGACGGUUCAUGCUUGAAAACAUUUGAAGGGCAUACAACAAGUGUAUUAAGAGCAUCAUUCCUUACUCGUGGAACACAGUUUGUUUCUUGUGGUGCUGAUGGUUUGUUAAAGCUGUGGAUGGUCAAAACCGAUGAAUGCAUUGCUACAUAUGAUCAGCAUGAGAACAAGGUUUAUGCCUUGGCUGUGGGAAAGAACACAGAAAUGCUUGCAACCGGCAGCAGUGAUGCUGUCAUCAAUCUAUGGUACGAUUGUACUGCCUCUGAUAAAGAGGAAGCUUUCGUAGAGGAGGAAGGUGUUUUAAAGAAUCAAGAACUAGAAAAUGCUGUAUUAGAUGCCGACUUUACUAAAGCAAUCCAAGUUGCCUUUGAGCUUCGCAGGCCUCAUAAGCUUUAUGAGUGUUUUUCUCAAGUUUGGAGGAAGAGAAAAAAUGAAAAGCAGAUAGAGAAAUCCCUUCAGACCCUUGGCAAGGAAGAGCUCAAGCUAUUAUUUGAAUACGUUCGAGAAUGGAAUACAAAGCCAAAGCUCUGUCAUGUUGCACACUUCGUGCUUUCUAAAGUUUUCAGCAUCCUUAAUCCAAUAGAGAUUACUGAGAUAAAAGGCAUUGACGAAGUCCUUGAAGGUCUCUUGUCGUAUUCCCAGAGGCAUUUUAGCAGGAUGGACAGGCAUGUAACAAGCACAUUUUUGGUAAACUACACUCUUACUGGGAUGUCAGUCAUUGAACCAGAGACAGAUACAAGAGUAAUGGAUGACAAGUCUUUGAUGCACUCUGUUGGUGAUGAUGAGAAUGGGACAUUAAUACAGGAACUUGAAGAUGAGCAGCAAAAGCAGACCUCUCAAGGAUUGAAAGAAAAAGCAGUUUCAAAGAAACGGAAAUCAAAGAAAUCAAAAGAUGGUGUCAAUAAGAAAGUUAAGGGGUCCAGCUUAUAA